CACAAGAAAGAAAGAAGCAGUAAGCAUUUAAAGGCAUCUCCCUCCUGCUCCUCCUCCCAAAGCCAUGGCCAGGACUCCUAAAAGUGCUCUGUCCCUGCUACUCGUUUCCAGUUUCAUUCUAGGCGCCAUGGUGAGUCUAUGCUCUUCAUGCCCUACUAGCUGUGAAACAGAGAUAGUUUGGACCUUGUACGCGCGCCAAAUUGGUAAAGGGGAUAACAGGAACCAAGAGCAGGCAGUUCCCCCAGUGAACAAUAUCACAAAGUUUGGUGAAAUCGUCGUCAACAAUUGGGCUGUGCUUGAUGCACCUGUACCCACCGCAAAUAUUGUUGCUCAUGCAAGAGGCACACACAUGAUGGCUGGUGACUGGUUCACUUCUCUCAGCAUAGUGUUUGAGGGAGCAAGGUUUAAUGGCUCCACACUUCAAGUCAUGGGGAUCACUGAUGCACAAGGCCAGUGGGCUAUUGUUGGUGGCACUGGAGAAUUGGCUAGGGCAGAUGGCACCAUCAAGCACAAAAUAGUACCCCCAACGCCGACAACGUCGAUAAAUGAAAACUAUAGACAGCUUGAUAUUCAUGCUUUCUACUCCCCACCAGCGGUUAAUGCAAACUUUAUUGCCGAUGUAUAAUUCCAUCAGGAGUUUGUUGAUGUUGUAUACCUGUACCCGAUAACGUGACGAGAAGUACUUCAUGUGGUUGUUGGCACUGUCAUCGUGAUCUUUUUUAAUUGUGGUUUUGUUGUUGGUAUUGUUGUUAUUUCUAUUUGAAAUAUUUUGUUUACAAACGUGGUGGUGUUUUGUAUUUUGUCUUGUAACUUUCAGAUUUGGUCUUUUCUGGGUCAUAUCCUUAGAUAUGGCCACAAAAAUUUGUCAAUUGUUUGAAUAAAGGGUGGCAGGUUUUUUUUGUU